GGCGUCUAUAAAAGGUUAUUGCUUGCCAUUACAACUUCCAUCCAUUUCGGUCCCCACUCUUUACUCUACUCUACUCUCUCUCUCACUUAAUUGUCUCCUGUUCAUCUUCUCUGACCUUACUGUCAUUUUUGCUGUUUCUCUCUCUACCAUCUGUGAUUUGUUUCUCUCUACCUUUGCUCUCUCUCACUACUUCCUGUUUGCUGAAAUGGCCGAUGAACACACCACAAGCGUCGUCCCCGAGAGCGGAGAUGGCCGUGUGGAGGUCCAUGAGCGAGGGCUCUUUGGGCACCAUCACCCUGAAACCCCUGAACAGAAGCAAGAAGAGGCCUUAGCUUCGAAGUUUGAAGAGGUCUACGUUUCUGAAGAGAAAAAGGAGGAGAAAGAGAAAGAUGAGGAGAAGAAGGGUAGCCUACUCGAGAAGCUCCACCGCUCGGGCAGCUCGAGCUCCAGCUCUUCAAGCGAUGAAGAAGAGGCGGAAGAAUGGAAAAAAAAGAAGAAAGAGAGGAAGGGAUUGAAGGAGAAGAUUAAGGAGAAGCUGUCAGGUGGAUCAGAGGCAGUUAAAGAGAAAGCAGGAGAGGGAGCACCACACUGUGCGGGGGCGGAGCACGCGCACGAGAAGGAGAAGAAGGGAUUGCCCGAGAAGAUCAAGGAGAAACUUCACGGUGGCGGAGGAUACGGUGCUCCGCAGCACCCUGUCGAAGCUCCAGAGAGUGCUCCGCAGACCAGUGCUCCACACCCUGAAGGGCAGAGCCAUGAAGAAAAGAAGGGCUUCUUGGAGAAGAUCAAAGAGAAGUUCUCUGGCUACCACCCUAACAGUGGAGAAGAGACUACUCCCUCUCACUAAACGAAAUCAUUCUACAAGUUUUGCAUGUGAAGAAGAAGAAGAAGGUUUCUUUUGUAUUUGAUGCUAUUUUGUUUAUUAUUGUAUCUUGCUUUGUUUUGAGGGCUUUAUAUUCCCUUCUGCUUUGAUGCCCCUCUAUUUUUGAGCUUCCUCUAUGGGGUUUUGCUGUGUUGUUUUGGUAUUUGGUUGUUGAUAAGUUGAUUUAAAAAGUUGAUGUAUAAUUUGUUUUGGUCUGGUGGUGGAUAUGUUUUUUAGGGUAAUGGUCUAGUGAGACGCUCGGACCCUCUUGGGACUAUUUUUCAAGGAUCACUUUUAAUUUUGUUAUAUAUCUCUAAAACAAAAACAAAAUCAAGAUAUGUACGUGAUUAUUUUAUUU